GAUUGCGCUCCCUGUCUUCUGAAUCAGGUAAGAGACUUGCCUAAAUUCAAAAGGAUCUUCUGGAGGUGUUAUUGGAACGUACAGCCCUUUCAGUUUUCCAUUGAGUGGAGCUCCCGUAAUUAAAUUUGCUAGUGCAUGUACCGACUCCAUAUUGGGUACGAGACGCGAAUAGGGAAUAGCCGGCAAGGCAACGAAACGCACCAGAUUGCCUUCUUCAGUAACGUAUUGUAUUGAGGUGAAGGUACAGUUUAUACAGACCUUCACUUUCCAAAAACUCAACUGUUCAUGAUUCUCUAUUCCUUUCAAAGCAGUUGAAGUUGCCUGGAUAUCACAACUCGUUCCCAUCAGAAUGACAGCUGUUGACGAUGAAAGCUUUGUACUGGAGUUCAUGAAAUCCACAAUAUCGUAA